UUUACCCUUUUUACUUGUCCGAAGGUAGAAUGACGCCUAACCAAUGGAUGCUAUUGCAAGUGUGUCCACAGGUCCUUGGAGAAGUCCAUUGAGGAAACUCGGUUCCAUCCAGGACAGAUUUAUUCCUAGCGCUCUUCAAAAAAGUAGCAGAAUUACUUGGUGGAGUUGGCUUUAAUUGUCUUGACAAGCUCCUGCAAUAUUGGUUCGACAAUCUAAUCAGGGUCCUUUCGGAGCGGCAUCAAAGCAACUCUAGGUUUUUGGUUGUUUUGAACGAGGCGCAGGAUAUGGGGAGGGGAGGCUAAAUACCAGUUUAUUAAUAACGACGACACUAAGCGACCAAUAUUAUCAGCAUUCUUUCAUGGAUUGGAGGGCUUAUCAGAGGAUUUACCACGAAUUUGCAUAGUUCCUUGCGGGAUAGGCUUUUGUAUUUAUGAUCCUGCUUGGGUUAAGAGAACUGGUAAAGCUUCAAGGAAUAUCGGGAAGUUCUCGAUGACCCGAGGUUCAAGAGUGCAGUAUCGUUUCCUAGAUGGGAUAAUUAAGCAAAAGUCCGGACAUACUUCAAAACACUUGUACGAUAUUUGGAGAAACAAAGUUUCUCAAGCUUCUGCAUCAAAGCUGAGAGGGCAUUUUAAUGACCAGGCAAUCGAGAUGCUAUAUGCUUGGUCCUGUGGUCGUCUCCGUCCAAUGAUCACAAUAAUAGAGAACGUCAUUGGACGUGCCGAUGCAGGCCUUUGGAAGCAAGAAAUCAAGGGCCUGGUGUGGUCGCUCACUGAUCCGGGAUAUAAAGAAUCUGGUAACCUAUGCCAUGAGUAAUCUAGAAUUCUGAAGCGUAUUAACAAAGGGGAUG